AUGAUUGGAAGCUAUAAAUGUUAUUCAAGAGUUUGCUUUAAGUGGAAUAAAGGUUAAAAUAAAAAAAAAAUAUAGUGUUUUCUGUUCCAACUGGAAGUUCAAGAUCAAAUAAAAAGGCAGGAGGUGAGCUAGUAAAAAAAAAUAGCCCAGAGAUAAAUUAUUAACACAUCAUCUUUAUAGAUAAGCAUAAAGCCCAAAAGGCUUUCAGGGUCAACCAAGUUGGAAACCACAGAGAUCAUAAAGUCCUGUUGGUGCAGAUCUUCCUGGCGAGUGUUUUCUUCUCAAGAACUCGUGAAGAACAAGCUUUCCAUCAGUUUCAGAGGAAGAAUUCAAGAGAAAAUAUAUUAUCGGAUACUGGGCAAGUGUUCUGAUGCACCAAAGGACAAUGAUAGAAUGACCAUACUGAUAUGGAUGACCAUGAAAAUGAGAGACUAAAAAGGAAGUUGUACCAGUCUGAAUCUCUGACAUAUAGAUGGCCUUGCUAAAAUGACGUUUGGACCACCAUUUACAGCGAUAUGUCCACAUGUUCCUUGCUUCUCCUCUUAGGAAAACCCUUGGAAUUUUUCUUGGAGUAGUGGAUCUGCAAGCCAUACUACUGAAAUGGAUCGGUCUCAUCGUUGACUCUUCAUCCUCCUCGUACUCAGACAGCUGGAGAGACUGAAUUUUAAGAAAGCAUGAAGCGAGUUCCUCCCACAUGCUUGAUAUCCCAUCUGUGUGAUCCAAAUGCAUCGCUAAAUAUUCCAUAAGGCGUACUGUACCAUAAUUUCCUAAAAUGACAACAAAAUUCAGAAUCAGAAUGCCAUUCAGAACAUGCCAAACAAUCUUCUCCAAAUUCGGCAUCCAUGCUAGGAAUUCUACAGUAGUCACCCAAUUUACCUACCACCCAUACUCUCUUCAGAGGGAAUCAAUACAUCAGUGUUUGUAGGUAUUUAUGUAAAUAUUAA